AUGGGCGCCGCCGGCUCCUCGGCUCUGGCCCGCCUGGGCCUCCCCGCGCCGCCCGGGCCCCGCUGGCUCGGGGUGGCCGCCCUGGGACUGGCCGCAGUGGCUCUGGGGGCCGUCGCCUGGCUCCGCGCGCGGCCCGGUCGGCGCCGGCGGCUGCAGCAGGUGGGCACGGUGAGCGAGCUGUGGAUCUACCCGGUCAAGUCCUGCAAGGGGGUGUCGGUGGACGCGGCCGAGUGCACGGCCCUGGGGCUGCGCAGCGGCCACCUGCGGGACAGGUUUUGGCUGGUGAUAAAGGAAGAUGGACACAUGGUGACUGGCCGGCAGGAACCUCGCCUUGUGCUGGUCUCCAUCACCUAUGAGGACGAUUGCCUGAUCCUCAGGGCUCCAGGCAUGGACCAGCUGGUUUUGCCGACCAAACUGCAUUCUUCAAACAAGCUCCAUGAUUGCAGGGUAUUUGGUCUUGACAUCCAGGGCAGGGACUGUGGCGACGAGGCUGCUCAGUGGUUCACCAGCUUCUUGAAAACGGACGCUUUCAGGCUGGUUCAGUUUGAAAAGAGCAUGAAGGCAAGAGCGUCACAUGAAAUUUUCCCUUCUUUGGACAAGAAGUACCAGGUGGCCUACCCGGACUGCAGCCCCGUCAUGAUCCUGUCGGAAGCCUCCCUGGCUGAUCUGAAUACCAGGAUGGAGAAGAAAGUGAAAAUAGACAAUUUCAGGCCAAAUAUCGUGGUGACAGGCUGCAGUGCUUUUGAGGAGGACACUUGGGAUGAACUUCUCAUUGGCAAUGUAGAAAUGAAAAAGAUUUUGGCUUGCCCCAGGUGCAUUAUGACCACGGUGGACCCAGAUACUGGAGUGAUUGACAGGAAGGAGCCACUCGAAACCCUGAAGAGUUACCGCCUGUGUGAUCCUUCUGAGAAGUCAAUUUACAAGUCGUCCCCACUGUUUGGAAUCUAUUAUUUGGUGGAAAAAAUUGGAAGCCUGAAAGUUGGUGACCCCGUGUACCAGAUGGUGCCGUGACAGAACCACCAGAUUUCAGCAGCUGAGAGGCAUUGAUCAGCACUUUUAUGGCCGCAGCAGCACCGCUCUCUG